CUUUCCUUUGCAAGCCACUACCCGAGUUGUGAACUCCUUUCUCAUUGAGCAUAUCUUGUGGGGUUCUCUUCUCUGCGUUUUUCAGAGUUGAAAAUUUAUAAUACAGACAAAAGCUACAUUUAUUAUGAUCGGUUUCUUCUUAUCUUGAUCUCUACUUCAAUUUUGGAUAGGUCUCUUUCUGUUUCUCAUCUUGCUCUCUGAAGAAUGGAUAUUGGAAAAGGUAACUGGAAGAGAAACCUGUUUCUCAGGGCAUGGGAAAGGUGUCGAUCUCUGGGUUCUGGCAACAAGAAAUCUGCAAGAAAUAUUCGCAACUCUUUGACAAAAAGCAAAUCAUGGCACCGCACCAAGAGAUCAAGCGAAGGAGAUAAUGAAAAGCGAAAAAAGAAGUGCCACGUAGCUCCUUACGGCUGCUUCUCAGUCUACGUAGGACCCGAGAAACAAAGGUUCGUGAUAAAGACAGAGUUCGCUAACCAUCCAUUGUUCAAGUUGUUGCUAGACGAUGCUGAACUUGAAUACGGGUUCAAUAGCGAAGGUCCAAUAUUGCUUCCCUGCGAUGUUGAUUUGUUCUAUAAAGUUCUAGCAGAAAUGGAUUGCGGGGAAGAGAUGAGCAUCCCAAGUUGGAGUCCACUAAAUCUUUGCAGUCCUUGUCGUCGCUCCAUCAAUAUCGGGUAUGGAGGGUAUAGACCAGUCCAUCGUGCGAGGAUGCUAAAGAUGAAUCGAAUAUAACGAUAUAUGUAGUAUCUUCGUGUACAAUAUCAAAAUUUUCCCUUUUGUAGUUUUAUGCGCAUGUAUAAAUACAGCGUGCAACUAAAUUACUUAUUUUCAAUUUUGGUUAUGAUCAAUAUACACAAAUUACACUUGAAAUC